AUGGGCUUUAUGAAUGAAACACUGACUCGAUUGCAAGGACACUACAAUAACAUUGUAACAAAAAUGAUUAGUAUUGUGUUUUCACAGGAACAAAAACUCAAAAUGUAUAUCGAAGAAUUGUUAAACAGUGAUUAUUCUAGCUUUCCUUCUGUUAAAACUUUAUUUGAUGAAAAUCCAGAUGAAAGUCAAGAUGUUUCUGAUUUAAUAAAGCUGUUGACAGAUCUAAAGAACGAAUUGUCUUUGAGGUUUAGUGGCUUCAGGAAGUAUCAAGAACCAUUUCGCUUGGUGGAAAACCCAUGGUCAAUUACAACAGCAAAUAUAGCUCAUCUUUCUGUUUUUGGAUACGAAGCUAGGGAUUUGAAAAAUGAGUUAAUUGAUCUUCAGCAUGAUACAGAGCUCAAAAGUGUUUUUGAAGAAAAAAACAAGAAUAAAGCUCAUUACGAGUUCUGGAAUGCAGUUGAAAAGGACAAAUUUCCUAACUUAAUUGACUGUGCUCAGAAGAUUUUGUGUGUUUUUGCAUCUACGUAUGUCUGUGAAUCUACAUUCAGUAAGCUGAAGUUCAUAAAAAACAAGUACAGAUCCAGAUUAACAAGUGAGAACGUUGACAACAUUUUGAGAAUUUCAGUUUCUUCUCAACCUGCCAACAUAGAUGCCAUAUUAGAAAGUUGUGAAAGAUUUCGCCCUUCGACUUCAAAGAAUUAA